CAUAUAUAAUGACAUUUCUCGACCCCAUUAAUUUUACUCUGCAUUCACACCCCCAAUAAUGGAUCCAGACUAAAAUUAAACGCUACUUAACCCCUUCUCCUCCCACACUUUAGCCUCAUCACUCUCUCUCACUUUGUUCUUCUUCUCUCUCUACUAAAAAUGGCUUCUCACUUAUGGAUUCCGCUUCUGGGCAUCUUGUUUAUGGUGUCAACAACAAUGGGAGCUCCCCCCAGAAGGCCUGUAAAUGUUCCAUUCGGCAGAAACUACGUGCCCACUUGGGCUUUUGAUCACAUUAAGUACUUUAAUGGUGGCUCUGAGAUUCAGCUUUUCCUUGACAAUUACACCGGUACUGGCUUCCAGUCCAAAGGAUCUUACUUGUUUGGUCAUUUCAGUAUGCAAAUCAAGUUGGUUCCUGGGGAUUCUGCAGGAACUGUUACUGCUUUUUAUCUUUCUUCUCAAAACUCAGAGCAUGAUGAAAUAGAUUUUGAGUUCUUGGGAAACAGAACCGGCCAGCCAUACAUUUUACAGACAAAUGUCUUCACCGGAGGUCAGGGUAACAGAGAACAAAGAAUUUACCUUUGGUUUGACCCAACCAAAGCUUACCACUCCUACUCAGUUCUCUGGAACUUGUAUCAGAUUGUAUUCUUUGUGGACGACAUACCCAUUAGAGCCUUCAAAAACUGCAAAGAUUUGGGGGUGCGUUUUCCUUUCAACCAACCAAUGAAAAUAUACUCAAGUUUAUGGAAUGCCGAUGAUUGGGCCACAAGAGGUGGGCUUGAGAAGACUGAUUGGUCUAAGGCUCCAUUUAUUGCUUCGUACAAAGGGUUCCAUGUUGACGGAUGUGAAGCGUCAGUUGAGGCCAAAUUUUGCGCCACUCAGGGCAAGCGAUGGUGGGAUCAAAAGGAGUUUCAGGAUCUUGAUUCUUACCAAUACAGAAGGCUCUAUUGGGUUCGCAAAAAAUUCACCAUCUACAACUAUUGCACUGACCGUUCUAGGUUCCCAACAACGCCACCUGAAUGCAAGAGAGACAGAGACGUUUAAAUUAUUUGGCUUCUGGGGUUGUGUUAUUGUGCAUUAUUAUUAUUAUUAUUUUUAUGCAUAAUUUUUUAUGCACUAUUGUUAAAUUUUAUGAUAUGGUGAUAUGCAUAAGUUUCUAGUACGUUGUAGCUAGAACUAGAUGCAUAUUGCACCAAUAGAAGUCAUUUGUUUACUUUUGAGUAAUGCUAUGUAUACACAUUUUUAGUA